UCUUGCAGCCCUGGUGCCUGCUAUCCGGUCUCACCCAUUAAGCGAUACCCAGUCAUCACAUUCCCUUCAAAUAAAAAGUUUGCCCCGUUGAAAUACAGAUCUGAAUAUGUCGAAUAACUCUUGUGUUUUCUCAUGCCCCCUUUGCCAUUUUGUUCCGGCUUAUGGCUUGGAUGGGGCUGUUAUCUAUGUGCUUGACCCCCUGGAGUUUUGCAGGCUGAGUCCAACCAGUCCCGCUCUCUCUAGCCCCCAGCUGUAUAUCCUGAUUGGGAUUAGCGGUCAGACUUCUCAUUUACCACAACCACAAAGGUCCUGAACCCAAUUAAUGGCUAAUAAUUACACUCUAAACUCCUUCACAAUCCAUCCCUGCGUCAUUAGUUGGAGCUCCGGAUAUGAGCGUGAUCCACUAUGAUCCAGCUCUUAACUGGCUUGGUCCGUCUCCCUUCCUCAUUAUGCGGAUUGGGAGGGAGUGAUGAGGGGGACACGUUCGUCUAAGUGAGCUUUUAUAGCUGUGAGUUGUUUGCAAAUAGCAGUAAGGUAACCCGUUGGACAGAAUUUCUAUUACAAGGUAAACUGUCUCCAACAGCGCGGACACUUGGUGAGGUUUUAGAGGAGGGGAGCCGUGCAGUGAGCGAGGAAUAAUGUGAGAAAUGGCGUUAGGGACGCAGAGAUAAUUGGUCUGAUGGAGUUGAGGACAGAUCGCGGCCAAAUGAUGAAUAUAUUCAAACUUUUCCCUGCGUGAUGGUGUCAGAUUGAAGGCUCUGUGCGCAUGUGCGAAGGUGUCCAAACUGACAAUGCCAGGGAGAUAGCGUGUGCGAUUCUCUGAAAUCACGACCAACGCCGACAGACAACAUGAGAUCCAAGGCGAGGGCGAGAAAACUGGCCAAAAGUGACAGUGAGGUGGUAGAUAACAUGUAUGAGACAGAUGCUGAGCCACCAGCUGGGGAGAGUGGUGAAGAGGAAACGGAAGACAGCAUCAUGUCCCCCAUCCCUGUCGGCCCACCAUCUCCACUUCCCCCAAGCAAUGAAUUCACUCCAAAGGAAGGGUCCCCAUAUGAAGCCCCUGUCUACAUUCCUGAAGACAUUCCAAUCCCACCUGACUUCGAGCUGAGAGAGUCUUCAGUCCCUGGAGCAGGAUUAGGGAUUUGGGCCAAGAAGAAGAAUGAAGUAGGAGAGAGAUUCGGUCCCUAUGCUGGGAUUCAAAGGGUGACACUGAAGGAUCCGAACUUCGGAUGGGAGAUUGUUGACGAGCUGGGGAAUGUAAAAUUCUGCAUUGAUGCAAGUCAGGCUGGAAGUGGGAACUGGCUCAAGUACAUCCGAUCGGCACGUUCCUAUAACCAACAAAAUUUAAUAGCAUGUCAGAUUAAUGAUCAGAUUUACUAUAAAGUAAUUAAAGAGGUUAAAUCGGGUGAAGAGCUGCUGGUUUUUAUGAAGGACGGCGUCUAUCCUGAUGGGACAAUGCCACCAAACCUUGAUGACGAACAGCGAUACCGAUGUGGAGACUGCGACGAGCUCUUCCGCUCGAAAGUGGCAUUGCGGCGGCACCAGGCCUAUGCCUGCAACAACGUUAAUGCCAUCUUCACCACCAUCAACGAAGAGUUCAAGCAGAGCCAGCUGGGUGACGGGCCACUUCACGAGUGUAAAGACUGCGACCGGAUAUUCCCCAACGAGUACAGCCUGGAACAACACAUGAUCAUUCACAGUGAGGAACGCGAGUAUAAGUGUGACCAAUGUCCGAAAGCCUUCAACUGGAAAUCCAAUCUGAUUCGCCAUCAAAUGUCACAUGAUAGUGGCAAACGCUUUGAAUGUGAAAAUUGUGAUAAGGUAAGGUUGAAGGUCUUCACUGAUCCAAGCAAUCUCCAGCGACAUAUCAGGUCUCAGCAUGUGGGAGCCCGGGCACACGCUUGCCCUGACUGUGGAAAAACCUUUGCCACCUCGUCUGGAUUAAAGCAGCACAAGCACAUACACAGCAGCAUUAAGCCUUUCACCUAUAGGAGGCAGGGACAAGCAUGGACACAGAGUGAUGGUGAGGUUUGUCACAAAUCGUACACCCAAUUCUCCAACCUUUGUCGACAUAAACGGAUGCAUGCCGACUGCCGGACGCAAAUAAAGUGUAAAGACUGCGGCCAGAUGUUCAGCACAACCUCUUCAUUGAACAAGCACCGCAGGUUCUGUGAGGGCAAGAACCAUUACAAUCCCAGUUCUAUGUUUCCACAAGGUCUGCCACUUACUCCCAGUGCCAUGCUGGACAAAUCGAAACCUACAUCCACCCUUAACCAUACUUCACUAGGAUUCAAUGAUUACUUCCCUUCACGCCCACACCCUACGGGAUUGCCUUUCUCACCACCUGCUGCAUUUCCUUCCCUUGCUCCAGGUUUCCCUGGCCUUUUCCCCCAUUCCUUGUAUCCCAGGCCCCCUCUAUUGCCGAGCAACCCGUUGUUGAAAGGCUGCUUAAAUCAUGAUAUGGAUGGAACAGUCCAAAGCCCCAUGGGGACUCCCUCUGUGUCGCAAGCAUCUUCCCUCGUGUCGACGUUCAACGACAGAGUUGGUCCUUUAGAAGAAAAAUCCAACAUACGACCUGAAAACUGCUACACUGAGAAAAGCAAAGGUAAAAACAGUGACUUAUCAGAAGGUAGUGACUUUGAAGAUGUGAAUACAACAAGUGGGACUGACCUGGACACAACCACGGGCACUGGGUCUGAUUUGGACAGUGAUGUGGAGAGUGAUCGAGAUAAAAAGAAGGAAAAGACCAACCUGACGGCCAAAGCGGCUGACAAAGUCUCCACCAACUCAACCAAUGAAAUUAAUGAGCGAACCUAUCUUCCAUCCCAACAUUCCUUCUUUCCUCCUCCAGAUGAGCAGAACCUACCGACUAGCGCUGCUAAUGAUUCCAUUAAAGCUAUUGCCUCAAUCGCGGAGAAGUACUUUGGCACUGGGUUCAUGGGAAUGCAAGAGAAGAAAAUGGGGUCGCUUCCAUACCACUCAAUGUUUCCAUUCCAGCUCCUCCCAAACAUCCCACAUUCCAUAUACCCUUUCACGGACCGAAACCUCAAUCCCAACCUCUUAGUGAAGAAUGAGCCAAAGUCACCCAGGGAGCAUCAGAAAAGUGGGAGCGCCAGCUCCGAGUCACCCUUUGACCUCACCACGAAACGGAAAGAAGCGAAGCCCCAUCCAACAUCCAAGCUCAUGGCAUCUGCCCUUCCUGGAGAGGAGCAGCCUCUGGACCUGAGCAUAAGCAGUCGCAGCCGGGUCAGUCAGAAUGGCCCUGGGGAGCCCCGAAAGAACCAUGUGUUUGGUGACCGCAAAAUGACGAUCAGCGAUGAGAUGCCCAAGAUGUCACACCAGCAACCCUUUCAUUACGCAAAGCCAUCACCUUUCUUCAUGGAUCCUAUUUACAGCUGGAACCACCUGCAUUACACAGCCAGGGUGGAGAAAAGGAAAAUGAUGGAUCCCCUGAACUCACUGAAGGAAAAGUAUCUGCGCCCGAACCCACUUCUGUUCCACCCUCAGAUGGCUGCUAUGGAAACCAUGACAGAAAAGCUAGAAAGUUUUGGCACACUGAAACUGGACACCAUGGGCACUCUACAACCCCCUCCUCAUCACUCAUUCAACUUCCGAUCACCACCAUCCACACUGUCUGAUGCCAUCCUCCGCAAAGGAAAGGAGCGUUACACAUGCAGGUACUGUGGGAAGAUUUUUCCAAGAUCAGCAAAUCUUACUCGGCAUCUCAGAACGCACACAGGAGAACAGCCGUAUAGGUGUAAAUACUGUGACAGGUCGUUCAGCAUCUCUUCAAACCUGCAAAGGCACGUCCGCAACAUCCAUAACAAAGAGAAGCCGUUCAAAUGUCAUUUGUGUAACCGUUGCUUUGGGCAGCAAACCAACCUUGAUCGCCACCUCAAGAAACACGAGAAUGAGAGUAUUCCAGUGAGCCAACAUUCUGGGGUUUCAUCCAACCACCUGGGCACCACCGCUUCUUCACCGAACUCCGAGCUAGACAAUACUGCACUUUUGGAGGAAAAGGAGGAGUCAUACUUCUCCGAAAUCCGGAAUUUCAUUGGAAACAAUGACCUCAGCCAGGCGUCCAGUUCAGCUGACAAAAGGCAUGAGGCACAAAGUGGCCACCAAGAGCCAGAUCACCCACUGACCAAUCAGAAAGCAGAAGAGGCAGAUGACGAGGACGAUGAGGAGGAACUUGAGGAAGACGAUGAAGAGGAGGAUGAGAGCAUGACAGAAAAAUCCCAGGAUGACCCUGUUUCACCGAAGACUGAUGCCAGAGUCCAGUAUAGAGAAAAUGAAGAGGAACAUCAUGCCCCACUCACCCUGGGUUAUGAGCAGGCUCACAGGUGUAUUGCUGAGGAUGAAGCUGGCCUGCUGGCCUUGGACCAGAUAGCGAAUUUCACAAAGGGGCUGGACCUACGUAAGGCAGCAGAGGAGCAGUACGAGGUGAAAGAGGCCGCAGUCUUUAAUUCCACCUUAGACUCCGAAGCAAUAAAAGAGACACUGUACAGGCAGGCUAAAACUCAGACUUAUGCCAUGAUGCUUUCAUUCUCUGAGAAUGCUUCCCUCCAUCCAUCGUCCCAGAACUCUCUGGAUGCUUGGCUGAACAUAGCAGGAGCUACACCGGAGUCGGGAACCUUUCAUCAAAUCAACCACGUGUGAGAGAGAGAGAGAGAGAGAGAGACAGAGAGAUAGAGAGCUCCAGCAAAGCGAGAUGUGGGCCUGACGUAGCUGGGCAGGGCGGGGCUGUUGUGGGGUAGGGGGCUGUGGAUGCUGGCAUCAAAAAGGUGUGGCUGCUGAAAGCUCAGAUACCUCCAUCUCCCCUCCCCCCUCCCCACCUCCCCCUUCAGCUGACCUCAAGAGGCCUUACACACUUUCAUUCCUUCGGUCGAAACUGAAUGAUGUUGCCGACCUUAAAUUCCCGAAGAUAUUUAUUCCUGUUAUAUAAUUUUUUUGCACAAAUAUAUAGUUGGGGCUGCAGCUUAAAAUAAAGAAGUUAAGAAUAUUAAUACACAGGGGCCAGUCAAGCUAUGGGAAGAAAGAGAUUCGUCCCUUGAUAAAGGUAUCCUGCUUGUUCAUCUAUAUCCCAUCUUACUUUGCAUCAUUGUAUUCUAUUCUAAUUUAAAUUAUUUGUAGAAAUAAGCAGGGGAGUCAAUUCUGCAAUAAUGAACAUGUAAAUAAAAAAGCCUGCAUUCUCUCAACCUUCCUUCCCCCAACCUCAUUCGAAAUCUCUCUCCUAGGCAUUAUUUCCCUUCUAUAACAAACAGUAUUGUGUCUUGAACUCUUAGCUGUCACGAGAGUGAUUUAAAAAUAUUAAUAUAAUUACCUAGAGAAGGACCAAACUUUGUGUAAUGAUGUUGUAUAAUAACUGUUAAAUAGAGAGUUGCUUGUGCCAAACAUGGUAGGUUGUCCUUCUAGCUGCAGAUUCCCAGACAAUCAAAUUGGUUUUUUUUUUGUUUAUUCUAUUUAGUCAUAGGCUUUAUUGAAUUUCUUCCUGUCCAUUAGUGUUUAUGUCCUUGCUAUUUAUUCUUUAGACAAUUUCCUUGCAGAUGCCCCGCUUGUAACAAAAAAAACCUCCAAAAAUGUGAAUUAUAUUUCUUUUCUUUUUAAUGUAAGCAUUUUUGUGUGGCAUGCGAUGUGAAAGUGCCAAACAUUUGAGAUGGGAGUUUGGUGGGGGUCGAUUUUUUUUUGAACUCAGUAUUUUAUUUAAAAGAUCUGAUCCUGUUGUUAGAUUUAAUUCUUUCCAAGGAAACAAAUGAGAAGAACGAGAGGAGAAUAGGCCUCGGCUGUUGUAGUUUCCAUGGCAACUAAUUAUCAAGAAAAAAAUUAAAAGAAUAAAGAGACCUUUUGCUUUGAAAAAGCUCCUGUAAAUACUUGUGUAAAAGCCAGCAAUUUCUUUUGUCCCCUGAAGUGACUCAAGUUGGUGCUGAAUGAUUCACUGAUUCCUCUCAGCAACUGUGGACUCAGGUAAUCAGGAAGGAUACCGGUUCCAUGCAAUUAUUACUUUGCACGAUUGUCGGCAUGUCCCUAGGUUUUUUUCCAUUUAUGUUGUAAUGAACCAAGCCAGCAGUGUAAAUGUACAAAAAUAACCCCUCAAAAAACUGUUUAUCUUUUGCUGUUUUAAGCAGCCAGUUAAUUUGAUAAAUUCUGUAGCUGUGACAUUCCAUAUUUUUCUGUUGUACGUGUUGCCAUUGUUCCCUCUUUCCAAAAUGGUUUCACACACACUCUACCUUUUCUUUAAGCGACCGAGCAACAAUCUGACAUGGGCCAACCGGAUCCUGCAGCCUGCCUUCUCAAGACAAUCUUGCUUUCUAAUAACUUUCCAAGCAGUUUGAUGGUGCCUUCAUGCAUGUGCUGGGCAAUAUUUCUUAUUAAGCUGUCCCAGUUCAAGGUGAGGUACAAAUCUGAUGUUUCUUUUAAGAAUCCAUUUUUCACUUCAUUGAAAAACACCUAGUUGGAGGUCAUGAGCAAUACUCUGUAAUAACGAGGCAAUUUUAUGCCUACAGUCUCAUCCUAUAGCUUUUCCUUUGAUACAAUGCGUGUUAAUAAAUACCACUUAACUAUAUUUACUUUUCACCUUUCCUUGGCUAUGAAAUAUCCAGCCCCUUCCCUGGAGAGCUGUUCAGCAGAUUAAGACAGUUGUCUUAUACAGCUAUUCAACUAUUUGGUGAGAAUAGACAAUCAUUGAAUUGCAACCAUGUCACUGAGUGGAAUUAGGUUAACUGAUGGUGGAAUGGUCCUUGUCAGUGUUUAAAAUACAUGGAACAAAAUAGCAGGUCACCCUGUUCAAUUUGAAGCCAAUCUUCAGCUGCAUGAUCUUGAUUAAUUUCAGAUUCCCUUAUGAAAAUAACUCUGCCCAAUGACCGGAACAAGAAUUUUGAAGGUAUUGACACUUGCCAAGUAAUAUACUGUGGACAUUGUUUGCCCACAGCUAUGUCUCCCAAAUGGUCAUUCUUCUCUGUCAAGCCUAGACAAUGAAAAUCUUUGAAGAGAAGUCUGUAGCUGAUUCUGUCCCAUACAUGUCACAUCUAUACACAAGCACUUUGAAGCAUUUGGGUGGGAAUCAGGAGGAGCAUCUUGGUCCCUCUCAGAAGGCCAGGAAUAUGGUGAUCAUUUUUGUUGUUGUUGUAAACUAACUUCUUAAUUAACCUGAAGCCAAGGUGGGCAAGUGGGAAAGCUCACCUAUGAGAUUUACCAACAUGUUUUCAUUUAGAUAAGAGCACUUUUAUAAUUUUAGAAAGACAAAGGACAAACAGACCCUCCCAAAAGGAUCUGGUUUUCCAGAAACUCUCUGAGGUUCAUGAUGCAUCACAUUGCAUUGAGUUGUUAGGUUUCCACAGGCCUUGUCCACUAUUCCACACUUAGCCUGCUCACAGCUUGACUGCUCACUUUCACUUCUAUUCAUACAUUUUCACUCUCCUUCCUUAUCUCAACUUCAUUCCUUAUCUUCCCCUUUUAACUUUGUCCUAACCUCUUCACCCUCUUUCCACAUCCAAAUUAUUUUUCCCAAACUCCAUUCCUUACCCCAACAUUCAUUCACAACUCUUCACUCCCAUUCCUCACCUUCACCAUCAUCUUUAGCGAGCUUGCUUCCUCUAAUCACAAUUAUAGACAAUAGGUGCAGGAGUAGGCCAAUCUGCCCUUUGGGCCUGCACCACCAUUCAUUAUGAUCAUGGCUGAUCAUCCUCAAUCAGUAUCCUGUUCCUGCCUUAUCCCCAUAACCCUUGAUUACUUGAAAUAAAAAGCCAUACUUUGAGGUCUUGCUACAGUCUUAUCUGAUCAAAAUAUCCUGUUCCAGAAAUAGUAGCUACUCCUUGAUCUCUAAAAUUUUAAAGAAAUGUUUCAGACCAAACCAUUGUCAGAUCUUUUUGGCUACUUUUGAUCAUUGAAAAAAAGCAUCCUAUCGGGAUGCAUCACAGUGUGGUUUGGCAACUGUUCUUCACAAGACCGAAGGAAACUGAAGAGAGUUGUGAACACAGCCCAGUCCAUCAUGCAAACCAGCCUCCCAUCCACUGACUUCACCUCUACUUCCUGCUGCCUAGGGAAAUCAACCAAUAUCAUCCAAAACCCUUCCCACCCUCGUUAUACUCUCUUCCAACCUCUUCCCUCAGGCAGAAGAUCUAAAAUUUUGCAUGCACAUGCAAAUAGAUUCAAGAACAGCUUCUUCCCCACUGUUAUCAGACUUCUGAAUAGACCUCUUUAAUGUUAAUGUUGAUCUCUCUCUACACCUUCUCAGCAGCUGUACCCUGCACUCUGCUCUGUUACCCUGAUGCACUUGUACAGUACGAUCUGUCUGUGAAGCACACAAGACAACACAUUCCACUGUACCUCGGUACACAUGAUGGUAACAAAUCAAAUCAAAAUUGGAGGCUGCUGGUCAGCCAGUCGGGCUUUUGCAUUUAUCACACCGCCUGCCCCAUUUAGUAAUUCUCGUGGAAGGCAACUAGCACUUAGAAUGUGAGUCAGCACAUUUCAGACAACAUGCACAGGCCCAACAUUCCACUGCAACUUACCUCAUAAACAAAUCAUUCCUAUGACACUCAGGCUGAUUCUUUUCUUACACUGGAGUGAUGGAGCAUAGGGAAGAUGUACCAAGGAUCCUUUAAUAUGUCAUCCACUGUGAAUAGGAUUAGAGAUCUUUAAGGCAGAGGGGGAUGUGGUAUUUGCUCACUGUCAGGCAAAUACAGUUUUGCUUCACAACACUACUAAGGUUUCCGUGGGGAAUCAGCCCUGGACUUUACAUACCAAGGAAGACUGUAGCUCUUGCUUAGCACAAGGAAGAAUGGUCUAUUCUCUCACUUGAAAGAGGGUGACCAAUGAUAAAUAGCCUUAAAGAAGAAAGGCCAAAUCUCACACAUACCAAUGACUACCAGGCAUAACAGGCUGGUGUUUGAUAAAUACCAGAAAUACACCAGCAAUGAUAAUAACACUUGAAAACUGUUUUUCCAGUGAUUCACAGCACUGGUUACAUUUUGAUCUAUUGAGGGUGCAGUUGGCCUUUGGUGAAAGUGGGAAUUAGACAUCAGCGAGUUCAUGUUGUCAAGGCGUAACAGUAAUAUCACCAUCAUCCCAGAAGGCUGCUCCCUCAUUAGAGUUAGACAACUGAUGGUAGUUUAACCCGAGAGUCACCACAUUGCACGCAAGGGUUAGGGUUGAGAACGGUGGGAUCUUUAUGGUAACCUCAACUGGUACAGAAAUUGAACCCAUGCUUUUGGUGUCACUCUGCACUGGAAAGCAGCCAUUCAACCAACUGAGCUAACCAACCCCCAUUUUCACAGCAUGUUGUACACUGCACCUGACUUCUAUUUACAUUGUCAAAGUCCAAUUUCACUCUCACCAGUUUGUUUUCACACUUGCAGGUAGAGUGCCUUGUGCAUUUCAAGGUAAUAUGCAGUUAGCUUCUAUCUGCCAGUUGCAGGCUGGCUUCCUUUGCUCUUAUGUUAAUAUUAGUGUCCUUAAAUUUGGACUGUGGACCCUGGAAGGUAAUUGUCUUACCUGCAAGGUCUGCUAUUAGCAGGCAAUAUGUGUAUAUAGCACUUCGAGUUUAUUUUGACCUAUAAGUAAGUGUUAGUCAAUAGAUGCAUCCAGCCUGAUGACUAAAAGGAGUUCCAUUGAUUUUGGGCAGCUAGGCCUUUGUUAGUCUUGCAAAUUUUUAACAAUGGUGUGAUCUCAUGUUGGAAUCAUUCUCAUUUUGAUUCUUGAUGUGUUGCUUAAAAGUUUCACUUUUUAUAAAAUGGUUUCCAAUGUAAACCCCAAGGAGGACAGUUGGCACAAAUGCACUAAGGAAAGAUUAGAAAACUUUCCAUGAAAAUUCCACUGCUCCUAGAGUCAGGCAUGUGUCAAUCCCAGCACGAUGCACUUGCAAAUUCCUUGCACUGAUGGCUGCAUUAGGAAAUGCCCAGUGAUCAAUAGGCAAAUCUAUUGCCAUGGAAGCUUCAGGUAUUCCUCUACUCAUCCAUCAAGUUGACCUUUGCCAUUCAUAUGGGAAGAAUUCUAAUAAACACAUUGUCUGGAGGAAUCAUAAAUGCAGUAUAGUUAAGAUUUCAUGACACCCGGUGCACUAAGGAUAUCUUCCCUGGCAUGGAUGACCCCUGGUAACUCAUAUUCAGAGUGAGACAGGCUCAGUGAUGUAUCUCACUGACAUCCUUGAAUUCUUUCCCAACUUUCCACUGUAACUUUAGAGUGGCUGCGAGAUGGGAAUGGAGGAGGACUGAAGGUGGUCUUAUCGGUAAUUUGACUAAAAUAAGAUAUGUACUACUGUUCUAUUUCAGGGUCAAAGUUGGAAAGCAGUCCCCUAAACACGAGAAGCAGACACAAGUUCUGCUGUUCACUAUUAGGUCACGUGAUUUACAAAUGUAUUAUUUCUUCGCUUUGAUCAUUUGAGCCCUGGUAGGUUCAACAUGAAGGAAAUAAAAAAGCUAAGCUGUCUCCUCCCCAACCCAUUCAUUCCUCCCCAGAUAUGCCUCAAUCUCUAUUUAUGUCCUAGCUUUAUCCUUACAUGUCCCAACAAAUCAUUGCGUGUUUUUUUUUUUAUUUCUAUACAUUUUAAACUGUGUAGUGUUUAAAAAAAUAGUCAUUGUAAGUGGUUAGAUUUCAUUAACCAGAAAAUGUUUAAGGAUUACAAUGAUGGUGCUUGUUUCCUUUCUGUUUGGGUUGUAUAUUGCUUACAAUAAGUUUUAAAAAAAUCGUCUUCAACAAAAAAAUGGAAAAAAAUUGGCUGUGCAUGGCUUGUGUUUAGCUGUUGGUGUGUUUCUUGUGAUGAAAAUACUGUAGGGAUGCACUUACUUGUAUAUGUUGUUAGGCAUUGUCCAAAGUUAGGAGUCUUUAACUGCCCAUACACAGCAGGGCGUUUUGUUAAUAAGCUGAAUAGUUUAACACAAAAUAAAACAUACACAUAUAUACAUACAUACACACACACACAUGUAUACACACACACACACAAAUCAUUGCUUGUGGGAGAGACAAGAGUAUAGGAAAAUGAAAGUGAGUGAUUCACAGAGAAAAUAAAUCCAUUCAUUUUGAUGCUUGUGAUACAGUUAUUACCUGGAGAAAUGAAAAAAAAAUCCAACCUGAUUCCUAUGUUUAUGAUGUAGAGUAGGAAUGUAUACCAAAUGUAAUCUUUCAAAAUGCUACAAUGAAUUUAUACACAAGAUUGAUAUGCAAUAAACCUGUGUGCUUUUUAUAUUAAAA